UCCCAGCGCGCUCAAAAAAAACCUAGGCGGGAAACGGUUUUUAUUUCGCGCUUCAGCUCCUUCAAAAAGAGUUCCUUGGCCUCCAAAAGCCGAACAAGUCGAACCGAUUUCCCUUCCUUUCGCUUCUGGUUUCGAGCAGCCAUGGCAGAAAACGGUGAUUUGCUUGAACCUUCUCCUAAAAUCCCCAAACUCUCCGAAGAAGCGGCUCGCAGUCUCACCUUUCUCAAGGUAAAGAAACUCUCUACCAAUGCUAUAUUGCCUACAAGAGGAUCUUCUCUUUCCGCUGGAUAUGAUCUCUCCAGUGCAGCAGAGGUCAAAGUUCCAGCCAGAGGGAAAGCCCUUAUUCCGACUGAUCUCAGCAUUGCUAUUCCAGAAGAUACUUAUGCUCGAAUCGCUCCGAGAUCUGGACUGACAUGGAAGCAUUCGAUCGACGUGGGAGCCGGUGUUAUUGAUGCUGAUUACAGAGGACCUGUUGGUGUUAUAUUGUUCAACCAUGCGGAUUUGGAUUUUGAGGUAAAGCCCGGUGAUCGCAUUGCUCAGCUGAUCAUUCAGAAGAUCAUAACUCCAGAUGUUGUUGAGAUCGAUGAACUUGAUUCUACCAUUCGUGGAUCUGGUGGAUUUGGAUCAACCGGGCUGUGAGUGUGAGCAAGUAAAAGAUGAUUCAGUGGGUCAAUUUUGCAAAUUAGGAAUUUGAUGUUUGAUCCCAUUGAAUAUAUUAAGGCUUGGCAUUCAAAAUGAAACCUUACUUUCGUUUCUAUUACUUUUUGUUUUCUUGCUCAAGUGCAGAAUCUUGAAAGUCUUUAUAUUUACAUUCAACAGCAAAGCAAACUUAUAUUUUUGAAGAUUCAA